AUGGCCGUAGAUGCUCUCACGCCAGCCGUACUGGACUACAUCGAACAUGGCAAUUUCCCGCAGGACGAGGACAUAGCUUCGGCAGACUUGAGCUCCGACAAAUUGGGACACAUCGGUGCAGCGCUGCGCAAAGAGCAGGAAGAAGUUCAGAAUGAAAUACGUGGCCUGAGUCAAUCUACGGCUGGCGACGUCGAUACCUGGAUAGCAAAAGCCAAAGAGCUUCAGGCGGAUAUUCUGCGUAGUCGCGAGACUGCACGACAAAUUGUAGCGCAGCACGAGCAGACUAAGAGUUUUGCGACGAAGGUCAAGGAAGCUGGCCAAUACUUCACGGAACUGCAACAUGAGACGAACGUCUACAGCUCGAUCGCUGCGAAACUGCAAGCAAUAAAGCGGGUCAAAGUCUUGUUGGACUCUGUGCAAGAUGCUCUGGUAAGCGGUGAAGUCGAUGCGGGCUUGGCUCGUUUGCAAGAGGCGGAGGAAGAGGUUUCCGUCAAUGAUCUUGGUGAAGCUCGAUCUGGCGUUGGACAUAUGCUCAGGAGAAGGAUCGAGAGACUCAACGAGAAUCUGAGAACAACUGUGCACGAGCGCUGGAGCGAUGGUGUGUCAGUCAGCAUCGAAGAGCGACGAGUGGUGAUCAGCAACGGCCUGGGCUCAGUCAUCAACGCCGCUCGAGGACUGGGCGUAUUUGACGAUCUCGUUGGGAAACUCGCGAAGGAUGUUGAAAAAGCGGUCUUUCGUCCACGACUCGCGCCUGCCAGAGAUGGACAGGUCUUCAUCUUUGCCAUUGAUGGCACGCAGCUGACUUGCAACGGGAAAGGUGAUGACACGAGCGUGGAAGCAUUGUUCGAAGACCUGCAGUCAUCAUUCAACUUUCUUGCACAACAUCUGGAGCAGGACAUCGUUUCGCCGCUGGCAGAAAUUAUAGUGCCUCGAAUCAAUGUUCGUUUGGAAGAGGACUGGCUCGAAGCAGCCGUACCAGUCGACAUUGAAGAUCUACCAGGCUUCGAGACACUUCUCGAGAGGACAUCAGGGUUUGCAGAUCAGAUCGACCAAUUAGGCUGGCACGGUAGCAAGUCCUUGCGCGAAUGGGUCCAGUCCGCGCCAAAGACAUGGCUGACCAAACGGCGUGAAGCUAUACUUGGUGACGUGCGCAACCUGGUGUUUUCCGGUCUUCGAGAACGAAAGACUGUGGAAAGGGUUGAGACGCAAACCAUCAGCAAAGAGGAUCACGCGGCGCUGGGGGGCGCGGAUGGUGCGGACGACGAAUGGGACGCGUGGGGCGAGCAAGAAGGGAGCGUCGGCUCGCCAACGACUGCAGCUCCGCCAAAGCAGGCUGAUGACGAGGACAUGAGUGCUUGGGACGAAGAUGUCGACGUGCCCACGCAGCCUUCGAACGCGGGGGCGUCAGCCUCGCAGCCAGAAGAUGAAGAUAUGAGCGCUUGGGACGAGCCCGACACUACUGCUCAGCCACCAUCUGGUGAAGCCGGUGAUGAUGAAGGGGAAGCCUGGGGCUGGGAUGGUGAGGAUGAGCAACCUGCAUCAGGCGCACCUCAAGCAAAAGCAUCGACUGGGCCCAACGGAGUGAACACAUCCUCAAAAGUGGCGGAUCGCGAGAUGACUCUGCGCGAAACAUUCACAGUCACCGGCAUACCUGACGGCACUCUUGAGUUGCUCAAGCAGAUUAUCAGCGAUGCUCAAUCCCUUGCAGGAAGUGAAUCGCCUUUCGCUGCUGCUGCUGCCGGACUCUACAGCCUGCCUACUCUGGGGCUGGCGAUAUACCGUGCGACGGCACCUACAGCAUAUGCCAAAAUAGACGUGGGAAACAUGCUGAUCUACAACGAUGCCCUUCACCUCGCGGCUCAGCUUCGGGCUUGGCAAGCUGAUCAACCACCUGCGUCACGACUUCGCGUGGAUGGCGACGUAAAGUCUCUGGAGCAGUUCGCGAAAAGAGCUUAUAGUUCCGAGAUGGAGUCGCAGCGCACGAUUCUGUCAGACCUGCUGGACGGAGCACAAGGUUUCAGUGCCUGCUCGGAGCAACCUGCUAAACAAGAGUGCGAAGACGCUGUCGAACAGGCAGUCCUCCGCUUACGAGAUGUCCAUCGAUUGUGGUCACCGAUCCUGUCUACCUCUGCUCUGUUGCAGAGUGUUGGCAGCCUCUUGUCAUCGAUCGCGCAGAAGAUGAUUCGUGAAAUUGAAGACCUGCCGGACAUUGGCGAGGCGGACUCCAAACAGCUCAAGAUUUUGAUCGACCAGGCCUCGACGGCCAAGGACUUGUUUGUGCAGAACGACCGCGACAUGACUUUCGUCUAUUGUCCAAAUUGGCUGAAGUUCCAAUACAUGGCUGAGAUCAUGGAAAGCAGUCUUGCAGACAUCAAGUACAUGUGGAAGGAGAGCGAGUUGAGCAUGGAGUACACUGCUGAGGAGGUCGUCGGUCUCAUCGAGGCACUAUUUGCCGAAAGCAUACAUCGUCGGCAGGCGAUACAGGAUAUCAGAAGGUGA